AUGGACACACCGCUGUAUGAAAUCAUUCUCAAGCUAAUCUGGUAUGAGGCGGCAUUCGUCGUCUACGUCAUCCUGUUCGCGUCGCGCAUCAAAGAGGAGAAGGCGAUGCUCACCUACCCGCUGACGGUGACGUUCGUCGUCGUGUUGUUCGCCCACAAUUUCCUGGUGAUUCUCCGCGUGCUCACGGUGCUCGGCGCGGCCGUCAACGACGACGACGAUGUGAAAUUCGCGUUCCUCUACGCCACCGUACUCGCCACCGUCAUCGGCGAGGCUUACAAUCGUUUCCUCGACGCGCCACUGAUUCCCGUCUGUCUGCUUCUCACCAGCGUUCAGCGCCUCAUCAUAAUUCUGGCGCCCAUCGAGUACCACAAGCUGGUGUCCGGCAAUCUUCUGAAGCUCUACAUUCUGAUGUUCACGUGCCUCGGCGUCUCAUUCGUCCUUCAAACCUUCCUCAAUUGCCCCAACGCGUUUCUAAUGAUUCUUCAUACGUGCUCAACUAAAAUGACGUUGACCAACUCGCGCCAAUGCUCGAAUCAAGAUCGCAUCUCGGAAUUGCUGAUGAUCCAAAUAAGGAUCUACAUGCUCUCCCACUACGCGCUCCCAUUUCUGGCAAUUAUUCUCUACGUCCAUCUUGCUCUCAAAAUCGGCAAGCUUGACCUCCGCGCCGAUAAUAAGCUUCGUGUCAGCAUCAACAUUAUCCUUCAGACAACGCCAGUGAUUCUUGUGGCGAUGAUUCGCGCCGUUCUCGCCGUGUUCAUGCUCGUCACCUACGCGGGCGACGUCGACGACUUCGAGGCGAGUCUGGCCGGCGGCGAGCUCUGCCGCUACGACACCUAUUUGGUAUUCAUUCCGCUCGGCUACAUCUUCGGCAACGUCGAGAGAUGGAAGCGAAUCCAGACGAUCAUCCGUCAUCGCGUCUCAAGAGUCAGCAAUUCGGAAACCAAUCUCGACAACAACGUUUACACUCGACACGCCGAAUAA